AUGUCUCAAAAUUCCUCCUCCUCCUCCGCCUCCGGUCCUGUCGCGAGCAGCAACAUCGCCCUUUACUCUAGCGUCACACCAGAGCAACCACAAUGCCCACGCACGCGUCACAUCCUCAGCGGCACAUUCAACACUCCCCACCUGCAUCUCUUGCGUUUCGACACGCUCACUCGAGCAUUGACUCUGGUGCAUCAAAUCUCAUCCAACAGCAGCAGCAGCGUGUCACCUUCUUUCUCCUCGUCCACAGCCACAUCCCCACAUGCUCACGUACCAGAAGGAGCCAUACAGGCCAAAGGUCCUCAUCAGUUCCUCGCAUUGGGCAAAAGCAUCGGCUCUGUCGGGACGUGCGACGCAUAUGCCGGCCCGGGUCCUUCGAAUCGCGUCGCAGCGCAGAAAUCGCGUCCGAACAGGGUGUAUGCUACCACGUGGGCUUUGAAGCCCGAGCUCAGCGCUUGGGAGAUACGUUGGGAUGGGGAGGCGCAGAGUGAGAGCAAAAGACGGGGCGUGGACGCGGGUAUCGGUGCAGCAGAUCCCUUGGUGCGCUUCAUCAACAGCGUGCCCAUCAGUGAGUCUGAGCGCUCUGCUUGACCCCUUUGGCUGCUUCUGCUCCUAUCCGUGCAGCUUGCUGCUGCCUGUGCGUGGGAUUACGCAAGCGACGUGAAUGGUGAAGGAAGCUGAUGAGACGUAUCGCAUACAUGCCGUCACCUUUUCUUCUUGAAUUUCCUUUUCUCUCUUCUCAUCAGCUGCAACAUCCUCCUACGUCUCUGUUCAACCUCCCCCUUUUUACUCGCUCACUUCCCCCUCUUACGCCCACACCGAAUGCGGCGCCUCAAGUCGAUACCUAUACUCUGCGGGAGGCCCGAGUGGUGAAGUGCACAAAUUGAACGAGGAUGGAAGUAUUGCUUCCAAAGUUCAAGAAGUCGUCUUUCUUGCUGAGGGAAAAGAAGCGUUAAAGUCAGCCGACAAGACUCGCAAAGCUCUGGUGGGUGGCGUGGCGUGGGGUGGUGCAGUGCUUCGAGCUAGCUCUUUGCCCUGCAUAACCGUCUGAUCUGCGCCCUAUGCUCGCUUCACUCAGCGCUACGGCGCACACAGUGUCGACUUCAGUCCAGACUCUACCAGAGCAUACGUGGCGGAUCUGGGUCGCAAUUCCAUUUUGGUCUAUUCGGUGAACCCAAAUAGUGGCAUGCUGGAUGAAGUGGUGGACGAGGUUCGCGCGUUCGAGGAAGGAGAUGGUCCAAGACACGUCAUACCUUCGCCCGAUGGCAAGUGGAUAGCUAGUGUGACGGAGCACAGUGAGUCCGAAACCAGGUCCUAGGCUGGCUCGACCUGCCUUGGUGGUCCACGAAACCUCUUAUGGCAGGAGAAGGACAGGAUGCGUCGAGGUGGAAGCAAACGUGCAGGAACUCCAUCCCUCGGUCAAUCAGCUUUGGCUAGGCUUGCCCGCGUGCAGAGAGGGGAGCUUCUUCGGCACGACGGCAUCACAUUGAUACGUAUCUCCCUCUCACCCAUCCUAUAGCUUCGUACGUCGACAUUUUCGCCGUGCCCGCUGCAAAGGAGGGCAAGAUCUUUCACGUUCAAAGGGCAGAUAUCUUACCCUCAGGUGCGUUCUAUCAAGUGCUUUUAAAAAAGCUCGCUCGCCAGAUGUCCGCCAAGAAGAUGCGUGCGGGCCGUUUGCUCCCCUUGCCGCCUCUGCUGGGCCCUGACGCCACAUGCCCCAAUCGUUCUGCUUUUCUCUCUCAAUCAGGUUCGGACCGUUCAGCGUAUCGCGGCGACACGCUCCGACUCUCCCCGUCCGGUCGGGCGCUGUUGGCAACGACGCGCGGCAAGACUUCUUCCGUGCGGGGAUACGUUCGUGCUUGGUCGUGGGACAGCACGGGUUCGCAAGUGGAGGAAUUGGGAGCGGCAGGUCCGUUGGGCGAGGUUCUGCACACGUACAGCACGCCCACUUCGGGCGGGAAAGCCAAUGCGAUCGAAUGGGCGCCUAGCUACUCAUCUUCCCUCGCGGUCCAUCGCCAUGCUCCAUUCCCCACAGUUCAAGGUUCUUCCUCUUCCCCCAUCUCGUCUGCCCAAUUUAGAGAGCAGCAAAAUAGCGAGACGCAAGAAGAUCAAGAAGAGGAUUGGGCAGUCUUGACGGAUGAUGAAGAGGGACAUGUGCUGGUGCUGCGCUGGACGGGAAAAGAUCUGGAGGAAGUGUCGAGGGUCACUCUUCGAGGUGCAUACGGUGGCGAAGCGGGCAAGGAAGAGGGUCAACAGGUAGGAGCUAGCCAUGCCAUAUGGCUCAGUUGA